CAGAUUCUCGACAUUGUGACCAAUUGCCUGGAGAAAGUUGCACUGCGCAUCUAUCGGAGCGUGUGAGAGGCAAGAUGAAGAUCGUAGAACUUGUCAUUGAUGGCUUCAAGUCCUACAGCCAGCGCACUGUCAUUUCAGGAUGGGAUCCUACCUUCAACGCGGUCACUGGACUCAAUGGUUCGGGAAAAUCCAACAUCCUCGACUCGAUCUGCUUUGUUCUCGGCAUCACAAACAUGUCUACCGUGCGAGCGCAAAAUCUCCAAGAUCUCAUCUACAAACGUGGGCAGGCCGGUGUCACAAAGGCCAGCGUCACCAUCGUCUUCGAUAAUGCCGACAAGCAGACCAGUCCUAUAGGGUUCGAGGAGUAUGCACAAAUCAGCGUCACACGGCAAAUUGUUAUGGGCGGCACAAGCAAAUAUCUGAUCAAUGGACAUCGUGCCCAACAAACCACCGUUCAAAACUUGUUCCAGAGCGUUGGCCUCAACAUCAACAAUCCAAACUUUAUCAUUAUGCAGGGUCGUAUCACAAAGGUUCUAAAUAUGAAAGCGGCCGAAAUUCUCGCCAUGAUAGAAGAGGCCGCAGGGACACGGAUGUUCGAGGAUCGAAAGGAAAAGGCGCACAAAACUAUGACCAAAAAAGAAAUGAAGGUUUUGGAAAUCGAGGGCUUGUUGAAAGAAGAAAUCGAACCAAAACUUGACAAGCUGCGUGGCGAGAAGCGAGCGUGGCUUGACUAUCAGAAGACGCAGAGUGAACUCGAACGCUUGACUCGAGUGGUGGUCGCUGCGGAUUAUGUUCGAUCUGGAGAGAAGAUGCGAUCAGCCACCCAAGAACACGAGACGAAACGAGCCAAGGUUCAGCACCUGGAAGAAAAUGCGGUCAAGCUGAAGCGCGAGAUCGAAAACCUGGAAGAAGAUGCGGAAAGAGUCAAAUCAGUCCGUGAAAAGGAAAUGCGGAAAGGAGGCCGCUUUCAAGAGCUCGAGAAUAAGGUCAAGGAAUACAGCCACGAACUUGUGCGUCUUGCCACAGUUCUUGAUCUGAAGCAGUCCAGCAUUGCUGAAGAAGAGCAAAGAAAGAAAGACGUCGCCAAGAACGUCAAGGCCCUAAAGGCGCAGGUGGGCGAUAAGAGAAAGGCAUUUGAGAACCUUCAGUCAAGAUGGAACAGUGCCAAAUCAGAGUCCGACUCACAAAACGCAGAGGUGGAGAAGAAGGAAGAGCUCUUGUCUACACUACAGACCGGAGUGGCGUCGCGCGAAGGUCAGGAAAGUGGCUAUCAAGGUCAACUUCAAGAAGCUCGAAAUCGCAUGACAUCGGCUGGCACUGAACAAGAGCAAGCCAAACUGAAAAUUUCACAUCUCGAGAAACGCAUCAAGGAAGACGAGCCCAGGGCCAAGAAAGCCCGAGAGCAGAACGCGGGUUUACUCAGCGGACUCGAGACCCUGCGAAAGCAAGCGCAAAAGCUCGAGAGUGACUUGCAGAAGCUUGGAUUUGAGCCGGGGCGUGAAGAAGCGAUGCGUGAACGAGAGUCGACCUUACACAAAGACAUUCGUCGCCUGAGACAACAAGUGGACGAGUUGAAGCGGAAAGUGGCAAAUGUUGACUUUCACUUCAGCGACCCUUCGCCAAACUUUGACCGCUCCAAAGUCAAAGGUCUUGUUGCACAACUUUUCACCUUGGAUAGAGAAAAGGCCAACGCCGGAACGGCUUUGGAGAUUUGUGCAGGAGGACGGCUGUACAAUGUCGUUGUUGACACUGCCGAAACUGGUACGCAGCUGCUGCAGAACGGGAAGCUCAAGAAGCGAGUCACCAUCAUUCCUCUUAACAAAAUCUCCGCCUUCAAAGCGUCCGCGGAGAAAGUCGGGGCUGCUCAGCGAAUAGCCCCUGGUAAGGUCGACCUUGCCUUAUCACUCAUCGGCUAUGAACAUGAAGUUUCUGCAGCGAUGGAUUAUGUCUUUGGAACCACGUUGAUCUGUCAAGAUGCCGAAACUGCCAAACGGGUCACAUUUGAUCCGUCGGUUCGAUUGAAGAGUGUGACCCUUGAGGGCGAUGUCUAUGAUCCCUCAGGGACACUUUCCGGAGGUAGUUCGCCCAACUCAAGCGGUGUCCUGGUUAUACUGGGCAAGCUCAACGAAGUGACUCGAGAGCUGCAGAGGCAUGAGGCAGAGUUGGCACAGCUGCAGGACACGAUGAAGAGCGAACAGGCCAAGCUUGCUAGCAUCAAGUCUGUCAAGCACGAGUUGGAUCUCAAGUCGCACGAGAUUAAGCUCACCGAAGAGCAGAUCUCGGGCAAUUCCUCAUCCUCGAUUAUUCAAGCGAUUGAAGAGAUGAGGGCAUCAAUUGCCCAGCUCAAAGAGGACAUGGUCAAUGCCAAAGCUCGUCAAGCCGAGGCAGCUAAAGAUGUUCAACGGAUCGAGAAAGACAUGGAGGACUUCAGCAAGAACAAAGACAGCAAACUGAAGGAGCUUGAGAAGGCUCUGGCGGAGCUCAAGAAAUCCCUCAGCAAGACGAGUGCUUCGAUCAAGACGCUACAGAAAGAGGUCCAAGACGCCCGGAUAGACUGUGAACAAGCAGAGAGCGAUCUCAGUACAGCUGAAGAGCAAGUCGUUGAGGUGGAUUCCUCCAUUGCUGGACAAAAGGACGAAAUGCAACAACUUCGAGAGGAAGAGGCAACAGUCAAGACGAAUCACGACGUGGCUCAAGCGGAACUUGCUGAUGAACAAGCGAAAUUGACCGGCUUUGAUGACGAAUUGCGAGAACUAGAAAAAGCAAAAUCGCGUAAAACGAAGCAGGUACAAGAGGAAUCCCUGGAAGCACAAAAGCUCGGUCACGCCGUGGAGAAAGCGCAAAAGGACGCACAAGCAGCCGCGCAAUUAGUAUCAGCUCUGGAGAAAGAACACGACUGGAUUGAAGACAACAAAGACCAAUUUGGGCGAGCAGGAACACCAUAUGACUUCCAAGGCAAGAACCUGGCCGAGUCAAGAGCGACAUUAAAGAACGUGACGGAGCGUUUCCAGGGCAUGAAGAAGAAGAUCAACCCCAAAGUCAUGCCCAUGAUCGAUAGUGUCGAGAAAAAGGAAACAAGCCUGAAAAACAUGUUGCGGACGGUGGUACGUGACAAGAAGAAGAUUGAAGAGACGAUUGUGACACUGGACGAGUACAAGAAAGAGGCGCUCCUCAAGACAUGGAGGCAGGUGACAGCCGACUUUGGCCAGAUUUUCUCGGAUCUCUUGCCGGGGAACAACACUGCCAAACUGGUACCGCUGGACGACAACAUCGAUCGCAUCCAAGAAGGGUUGGAAGUCAAAGUAUGUCUGGGCAAGGUGUGGAAACAGAGUCUGACUGAACUGUCGGGUGGACAAAGAUCUCUCAUCGCACUAUCCCUAAUCCUCGCCCUCUUACAAUUCAAACCCGCGCCUAUGUACAUUCUCGACGAAGUAGACGCGGCCUUGGAUCUAUCACAUACGCAAAACAUUGGCCGAAUCAUCAAAACACGGUUCAAGGGAUCGCAAUUCAUUGUCGUCAGUUUGAAGGACGGUAUGUUUCAGAACGCCAAUAAAGUGUUCCGUACGCGCUUCAGUGAAGGUACCAGUGUGGUUAGUGUCAUGACGCCAGGGGAAUUGAAGGGAUGAUCUCUUGGAGAGAGAGACAGAGAGAGGCUCGUGAAGUUUUAUGCUCAUGUUUGGGUUAUAAUGGCUGAUGGAUAACUGCACUUUUGGGAGCGGCAUUGAUCUAUAUCCUAGAAUGGGUUGGGAUCAGGUUUGAUGGGACGAAUUGGGUUAAGGAGGUGUCGAGGCGUCAAGAUGACUUCUGAUGAAGGUUGUCAUGAUUUCAGAGCAUAGCAUUGUGAGUGGAGUUUAAGGAUGCUCUACGACAUGUCGGAUGGAAAGGCUGGCUCGGGUGAGCUAGGAAUGAUUGAUGUCCAUGAUUGAAUGCAUUUCGUGUUGGGUCUUUGGUGUUGAUAUCUCAGUUCAUUACACAUAUACUCAAGAAGAAGAGAAUGGUUGAAUGUUGGCGAAUGAAGCUAC